AUGGACUACACCGCCUCCCCCAAGGCCGAGCUCGACAGGCCCGUCACGAUCGAUGAUGUCAUCGCGCACAUAUGCGAGUACAUCAUGCACGACAACCUUGGCAUCAUCGACACGAUGCACUUGGCCCUGGCAGACAUGGAGGGAGUGGAUUCGAAGGAUUGCCUCACCUUGGCGGAGCAGCACUCCAAGGCUGUGGACGCGCCCAAGUCGGGCGACUGGCAGAGUGUGGACAGAGACAUCCAGGCGAAGGUGAAAAAAUACCCGGACUUCAUGAUGAAGACGCGCAAGCCCAGGUACCCGUCCGACAAGGUGCUGGGGAAGAUGUUCAGAGAGUGCCACAAGUACGUGGGCAUAACGAAGCCGGUGCAGAGCGACCAAGACGUUCGCGCUCAUUCAGGAUUCAUCGUGAAAGGCUAUGAAGCUUUCGAGGAGGAGGCCAAGGUUGCUCGGACCCAAUACAACAACGACCUCCAUCACACCAUGAAAAUGUACGGAAUACGAACAGAAGAAGAGCUGAUGAGCGGCCACAUUGAGACACUGCAUGAGAAGGUGCACGACAAGGAAGUUGACGACGUCAGGGAGACGGUCAAGCUCAUUCGGCGGAAGCUCAUUGAAACUUUCAGAAACAGGUUUGAAGAGGGGCUGGGCAAAGACGAGGAGAAGAGGCUACAGAAGGCGAGCGCCUGGUAUCUCGUGACGUACGGCGAUGACCCAACACUGUGCGUGGAGACGUACGACCCUGAGCAGGACCCCCGUCGCAGGGGGGAAAUCGGCGGCAAGAAUCGCAAGGCGGGGCCCAGGAGGUUCCUCAGUUUUCCGUGGGUCGUGAGCGAUGUCCUGGCCAAGGUAUACUACAGCAACAUGAAGAACAAUCCGCAGGGGUCCAUGCUGUCCAUUGCGACGAUCAUAGGCAUGAGCGUCAUCCACAAGUUUGAGGAGACGGGCUUCAGCCUGAUCGACAAUUGGAGUGAACGCUGCGGCGUCUUGAAGACAGUUAAAGAACGUCUCGCGCCCAUUGGAUACACAUUCAUGACUGGGCUUUCGGCCUCCAUGCUGUUUGACGAGAAAGGGAAGAUUGAGUUUGUGCUUGUGCCAAGCCGUGAAGGCGACCGAAACUCUGCAGAGAGGGACCUGAAGCUGCAAAGGAGGAUCAUGGAUGGUGCACAUGAUCUCCUUUAUGUCGAGCUAGAGAAAACCAAGAGACCCCCAGGGGAUCCCAAGCAUGCCAUGCUUCUCUGCAAGCUCGCCAAGCCGCUGACCAAAGUCGCAUCGGGCACGUGGGCUGAAAUCACUGUGCUUACCUCCGCUCUGAAGAAGUGGAGCACGGUGGUCAUGUACAUGAAGCAGUAUCCCUACUUGCUGCCACUCCUUCGGCUGUUGGCGGGAUGGGUGAAGGGCACUGGGCUCACAGACCCUGGUCGAGGCCUCGUGGAUUCGUGCGUUGUUCCGUUCAUGUUCCUCAACAUGUGCCUGAAUGAUGGCGAGUUCCCUAUCCUUAGCACCGCCGAAGUUGAGGAAGUGUGUGAAAUGGUUGCCUGCGGACGCGACGUCUGCUUGUUCGCGGAUUUGGAGGGGUGGCAGCGUGUAGUGAAGGCAGCACUUGGGAUGGACGCCCAGCGCAAGGGUAGCCUUGGGGAUUUGCUGCUGGAGUUCUUCCGCCAUGGUCGAAGGCAUAUUGACGACCCCAUCCAGCCCUGUUUUAGGGGGGUCCUGUUCAAAGAGGGGAGCCCUUCCUUCGGUCAGCUGAUGGGAGAUAGGGCAGCCCAUCUCCUUCUUGAAGAAAUGGACCGGGCCUGCCACCGCUUGUCUCUGCGUGCCGACGCAUCGGCGUUGCUGACUGUAGACAGGCUGGAGCAGCUCCACUACAUCGAGACAAACGCCGCGUAUUCCAUUCUCGGGGCUGAGUCAGGCUUCGGCAAAUUCCUCAGAAGGCGCAGCGGCGCCACAGAGAUCGAGGUGUUCCCAAGAACGGAUCCCAAAGCGCCUGGGCUCCUCAUCAGGGCGGUGGGCACCGCCGCAGCCCAUUGGUCCGUCGGGAGGAUAGUGAGGAAUCUCGGCGGGCAGUACGCCAACGACGAAAAGAACACUGCUCUCUACACGCGCGCAUCAAGCGCCACAGAGGGCGCAUACUGCUACCUGAUGGAAGGGGCCGAGAGCCAAGGGGACCGGAUUGUCUUGGAAGACUACCACAGGCCAUGCCAUCCAUAUCAUGAUAGAGCGGCCAAGUCCGUGGCGCGCAUGUGCACCACAGUAGACCUGGCGCCGCUGUCCGGUGCCCUGGACUCCAAUUUCGCGGCGUUCAUGGAGCACUUUUUGAAGCAGCUGGGCAGAAUGGACCGCCUGUAUGCUCCCCAGAUGCAUGGCGACUGCGACCUCAGGGUGCAGUUUGGAAAGUCCUACAUCCGCGGGGCCCUCUGGGAACUUGGUGAGGACGGCCUCUGCACGGUCGGCAUGCUGCGCCAGGCCCUUGAGAAGCGGAAGAAAGGGGAGGUGCACCCCGCAUGGGUGGAGGCCGCCAAAACGCGCCGGGCGUGCACGCGGCGGCACGUCAACACGAGGGACCUUAAAUACCGGGAAGUGGGCAACUCGGCGUCUUUCUCCUUCUUCCCCCAAAUCAACCGGGCCUCAAGGUCCGGAGUGGAGGAGUGGGUGCGCGGCAAGGGUCUGAUCGGCCGGGACGCGGAGGAGGCGUACGAACUGCUGGUGACCAGGGACGGCGUCGAGGAUGUGGCGUGCUACGACGAGCGCCUGAACCUCCGCCACGUGGCCGCCCCCGACUUGAGGUGGGCGGUGGUCGACGUGAAGCGCGCGUUCCUGCGGAAGCCACCGGCGAGGGGCGGCGUGGACGGCGCCGAGUGCGACAUCAGGUUCAUUCUGCGGACCCAGUUUCCCCCCGACCACGACAUCAGGCAGGCGGCAGCGACCGGGCUGCACGGCGCGCUGUCCUGGGCGGCGGCUGGGCAAUCUCCUGCAGGGACGCAGAUGCCGCGCGUCGGGCGCGAACUGAUGGAGGCCGGACAAGCGCUCUCCCUGAGGCACGAGAGGCGCCGAAUUUUCAAGAGCUGUCGGGCAGGGGGGGGUCUGUCGAACGUGCAGGUUGAACUGACGGAGUGCGGCGUCCUGUCGCGGCCGGCCUACGGGCGCUUUUCCCACGCCGACAACUACUUGAACGUGCAGUUGAGGCCGCUGGCGGAGUGCCUUCGGACGGGUGAGAGCGCCAGCGUGGGGAGCUUUCUGGAGGACGUAUGGAGGCUUGCCUUUGAACUGUCCAAUGUGAUUCAGGGCCAGCCGGCAUGA